GUGGGGAAAAAAAGUUGCGGCUUGUAGUCCAGAAAAUAUGGUAAUUAAUCAAUUCUUGAAUAAAUUACAUCAAUACAUGCCAAACGUAUUUCCCUAGUGUUCGGCAGCGUCCUCGCAUCUCCAGACCCCAAAAAUCGGCAAGUUUGUUGAGCCAUUAACAUUCUGUCGUCAUAAAAAAGAGCAAACAACUUCACACUUUCAAUUGGUCAGUAAUUUGUAAAAAUAACAAACCCACGUGGGGACUGACCAAUAGUAGCGAUUUGUAAGAAAAAUAUGAAAUUUGCUAAAUUUGGACAUAGAGUGGAAGCUCAAUUUAUGAACUUAAUUGGUUUCUGAACAGGGUUUGUAAUUGAAGUUUUUAAAUUGAACAUAAUUUUCCCACAAUAAAUAAUCCAAACGUGAAUAAUUGGUUCCAGCUUAGCUUUAGUAAGUUUGUACAUUUGAAUACAAUAUAAAGCUAUACAGUACUGUAUAUCAAACCUUCUGUGGUGCAGUUGUUAGAGCGGGUUAUCCAGUCACCGAAGGGUUGGCGGUUCCAAUCCUGGCUCCGACUCUCCGCUGUUGAAGUGCCCAUGGGCAAGACAGUGAACCCUAAUAUGCUCCUCGUGGGCAGCGCCUUGCAUGGCAGCAGCCGCCCAUUGGUGUAUGAAUUUGUGCAGGAAUGGGUGAAUGUGUGAGCAGCUGUAAAGUGGUUUGGGCACCAUGAUGGUGUAGAUAAGGCGCUAUAUAAGUGCACUCAAUUUACCAUGACAAGGGGUGCACAAUCAAAAAUCUCUAUAUUAAACAAGUUAACAACAAAAACAAGCGGAAGUGUCCUCCUCAUUCAAAUACAGCUGCCCUGCCGACAUGCGCCCAAACAGUGUCUUGUCACGAGUCCCUCUGGUGCGUUCACAGUCAGUUGGAAUUUACAAACCCCUUGAACAAUUCGGUUGCUACAAUUAUGCAGAAUAAUAAAUACAAUCCACCUAACCUUGACUUCUUGGCUUGUAGGUUCUUCUUCUCUUGCCAACAAGUCACUUCUCGCACAUGAUAGUCUCGGAAAUGCUAUCACUCUCUAGCUGUUGUUCGUUGAUUCAAAUGAGCAACAGCUUUUCCACUUGGUCCAGAAGUUUCUCUCGGGCUUUUCGAAGAUACUUCACUCCCUUGGCCAUGUCACCAGCAACAAAAAUAUCUUUUUUUCCCCCACAAUAGUGACCAUUUUGGACUUUUUUCUGAAAUACUUGCAAUAAAUUUCUCCUAUGGGUGCGCCAUUGAUAUACUGUAAUUUCUUGUGUAUAAUGCGCAAUGGUCAAAAGUCAAUAAUGUAAAUUAUACAUGGGUAUAGGGGCAAAUGGAAAAAACUUUCACAUUUUCUAAAUUUAUGCCGCCAUCUAGUGGUUAUGAAAAAGCUGUACACUUUCAUUCCAAUAUGACAUUGGUAUGUAUGACUGCAUAUAUGUACAAUUAUGCUCAUAAGUUUACAUACCCUGGCAGAAUUUGUGAAAUAUUGUUUUUUUAAAUAUGACAGACUAAACAACAACCAUCAUUAAUUUCUUUAUGGUUAUGUUUUGUUUAAUGACAAUGCUUUUCUGAAAUGCUUGACAGUUUAAUUUGAAACCCAUUAAAAUAAAAUGUGUUUCACCUGGUCCUUCAUGUUUUCUUUAAAGAAUUGUACCCAUUUUAUAAAUUCUGCCUGGGUAAUCAAACAUAUGAGCGCAACUGUGUGUUUUCUAAUUUACUAAAUACAAGUAGGGUUGCUAAUUUCAAAAUAAGAGCAAGUAAAUGGAAAAAAAGGAUUAAGGGUUCAAAUAAAGUCCUUAACUUCGGAAUAAUUAUUUGAAAAAAAACUAACAAAAUACAAAAAAUACUUCAUGUUUGAUAUCAUAUGGGUAGAAGCAAAAGCAUGCAUUGUAAAAAUGCAUUAUACAUAGAAGGGUUUUCCAGAAUUUUGAGGUCAACUUUGGUUGUGCGCAUUAUACACGAGAAAUUACGGUACUCCUCACAAAUCGUCUUUUUAACUCUUGCCACACUUGUCCACUGCUUUUCUUGGACCCAUAUUGAGCUAUGAAAAUAAUAAAAUAAAGAAGAAGAAAAAAAACAGAAAAGGCAAGCAAAGUAGCAACCGACCGCUAACGCUGGAGCGAAUGAGAUCGAUCUGCUCGCCACAAAAUGGCUGUACCACUCAGCAUAAAAUGGAUGAAUGAAAUGUUUGCACACUGCAAUAAGGUUUGCCCAUUGGGCAAUAUUUUUGUUCACUCUGUCAUUCAUAAAUGCAAUAGUUCGAACAUUGAGGCGUUUGAAAUCGGGGUUCCAUUGUCACAGAUCUCAGCCCGAUGACAGCGAUUUGCAAAAUGCUGAGUGGGCCGGAUUAAUGAACGGAGUGUAACAGGAAGUGCUUUCUUGGAUUAGCCCCCGCCCUCUCUCAGAGAGAUUAGCGCUGGCGCCGAGUUCGGCUUAGCUAGGCGCCAUGGCCACAACCCGCCACAGGUUGGUCGACGCAGAUGAGAUUAAGCGUCUGGGCAAGCGCUUCAAGAAACUGGACCUGGACAACUCAGGCUCUCUUAGCGUGGAGGAGUUCAUGUCGCUGCCCGAGUUGCAGCAGAACCCUCUGGUGCAGCGCGUCAUAGACAUCUUUGACACCGAUGGCAACGGAGAGGUGGACUUCAAAGAAUUUAUUGAGGGCGUCUCUCAGUUCAGCGUCAAAGGAGACAAAGAGCAAAAGUUACGAUUCGCUUUCCGCAUCUAUGACAUGGACAAAGACGGCUACAUUUCCAAUGGUGAGCUGUUCCAGGUUCUUAAGAUGAUGGUGGGCAACAACCUGAAGGACACGCAGUUGCAGCAGAUCGUUGACAAAACCAUCAUCAACGCCGACAAGGACGGAGACGGAAGGAUAUCUUUCGAAGAGUUCUGCGCGGUGGUGGGCGGCUUGGACAUUCACAAAAAGAUGGUGGUGGACGUGUGACAGACUUCCUCCUCGUUGUCCAGAACCAGAUCCCCUUUUCCCUUUCCUCCCCUCACAAAAGCCAAACUCUUGCAGCGAUUGCUCGAACAGGAAGUGGCACUUUCCCAAGCGCUUGGAAGGCGUUUUUGUUGUUUUUUGUUUUUUUAGCGCCGGCUGGGCAAGCGCGUUUGUUUGCGUGUGUGUGCGUGUUUUUAUUUAUUCUGCCGUGUACAGGAAGAGUGAGCGUGCCAACAGGAAGUGUGUGCGUGCUCGUGUUUGACCGUGUGAUUGGACGUUAGUGUUGAUAAUUAGCAUGUUUAUGAUACUCGGGCCAGCACGUGCUUGCACCAGGAAGUAAGUGGCCACUUUGGCUUUGAUGGGGUUUUGUUUCUUUGCUGCUGAGUGGCCACCAAACAUUUUCUACUAAGUGGAAUUAGCUGUGUGCCGUUUUUUUUCUUCUGUGGUGCACGUGCAUGUGUGCGUGGUCAUGCUGUGCAGCUCAACAGCACUGCCUGCUGCUCGCAUGUCAAUCAAAAAGUCUUUCAGGUUUACAAACUCGGGCCCGCUUCAUAAACAUCACCUCUAAUUUUUUUUUCAUCUUCGUUUUUAUUCGGCCGCCACAGGCCCUGGCUGAUAAGCCUCGAAGCACACAAGGCGAGAAAGUUUAAAAAAAAAAAAGUGUCGGUUUCAACAAAAGUCUUAUUGUGUGCACUUUGGCGGCGGUCAUGUGACCUCUUGCUGCAUGUGUGAUGUUUGCAUGUUAACGUUUUGGGGUUUUUUUUGCACUUGAGUGCAGUUUAUGCGGUGUCAGGCCCCCCUCGCUCUCACGUGAUUGGAUGACAUGAGCCAUGUGGACGGCGAACACCAGAACAAACAAAACGACACAUUUUAAAAGUAAAAAGUCAAACAAAUACACUCUUAACAGUGAGGCUGUUGGCUUAUUUCACGCAAUGUUGUGUGACUGUGGUGUUUACAUGUGAAUACUGAUAUAAAUAAUAAUAGUGAUGAAUAUGAACAUUUCAAACACACCGUGUUGCCAAUUAAAGGUUGAUGUAGAAAAAACGUCUCUUUUUGUACGUUUGGCAUGAAGUGAUGUCACACAUUUGACGCAUGCAACAAUAAAUGACAAACUACU